CAGUCGAACAACACCAGCGUCAACGAAGCCAACACCAGGACAAAUUCAUACACAAUGGGUCACGCAGCCGGUCUCCGCGCGGGUACGCGCUAUGCUUUCUCGAGAGACUUCAAGAAGAAGGGUAUGAUCCCUCUCUCGACCUACCUCAAGCAGUACAAGGUCGGUGAUAUCGUCGAUGUCGUAGCCAACGAAGGGUAUGCCCUACAAGGUCUACCACGGCAAGACCGGUAUCGUCUACAACGUCACCAAGUCCGCCGUCGGUGUUAUCCUCCAGAAGCAAGUCGGCAACCGAUACAUGGAGAAGCGCAUCAACGUCCGCAUCGAGCACGUCCGCCACUCCCGCUCACGAGAGGACUUCCUCAAGCGCGUCAAGCUCAACUUCGCCAAGCAACAAAAGGCCAAGGAGACUGGCGAGCCCCAACAGAUGAAGCGCCAGCCCGCACAGCCCCGCACCGAGCACAUUGUCAGCCUCAAGGAGCAGAAGCCGGAGAACAUCACACCCGUGCCUUACGAGACUUACAUCUAGACGUGGACAAGUGGGUCCGGGUGGAUUGGCUGGCAAAAUGGGAUACGGAUGGUCAACGGCGUGGUUUCUCGGACUUCUCGAUUAUUCUCCUUCUGCACUUUCUUACGCAUGGAAACCGGCGAUAUCAUGGUGCAGAUACAGUGGUGUGCCAAAAUGGCUUUGAGUGACCCCUCACGCCAAUAAACAUCAUCCUCCAGUCCCAGUCUAUGCAGUGUCUUGCUUGUGUUGAAGUGUUCAGCCUCUCGUUGUCUUUCAUCGCUGUCAACUGUCUUCACUAUGUUCCCAUAAUCCGGUCGUACGAAGCCCACACCUGCGACUAAUGCUUCCAUUGGCUCUCUUUCCUGCAGAGUCCUGCGGAAUGCCAUGCACGCGCCACAGUAUACUC